CCCAUCCCUCCCAACCCUCCCCGGCCCAGUCCCUGGGACUCCGCAGCUCCACUUGCCCCUGUUGCCCCGGCUCCACUUGCCCCUGUUCCUCCGGCUCCACUUGCCCCUGUCCCCCCGGCUCCACUUGCCCCUGUCCCCCCGGCUCUUGCCCCUACCUGAGGGCCCCCCAGCCCACUCUCCGCUCCACCCCUCAGACCCCGGCUCUGUCCCCGUAUAACCCCAUAGCGACCCCCUGCCAUGUGGCUGUGGCCCCUGACCCUGCUCCUGGGGGCCCUCCUGCUGUUGGGGUCCCGCUGGCAGUGGCUGUGGAUCCAGGUGCAAGACUUGCGCUUCUCGGUUCGGGCGGCGCUGCUGAAGCGCAGGGUGCGGAGCUGGAUUGGGUGCGGAGCGCUGUCUCUCCCGCUGCUCUUCCAGGUCCGAGUUCGGACCCACCCGGAACAGAUCUUCCUGCGGUACCGGGACCAGACUAUCACCUACCGGCAGCUGAGGGAUCGCAGUCUGAGAGUGGCCGGGGCCCUAGCGGGAUUGGCCCCUGGGGACACUGUGGCCCUUCUCCUGGGGAAUGAGCCCCGGUUCCUAGCAGCCUGGUUCGGAUUGGCCCAACUCGGAGUGGUAUCCGCCUUCCUGAACACCAACGUACGGAAAGGGGCCCUUAGGCACUGCCUUGGGGCCAGCGGCUCCCGGGGACUCAUCACUAGCCCAGAGCUGUUUGAGGCCGUUGAGGAGAUCCUGCCCGAGCUGAGGGAGAUGGGAGUGAAGGUUUGGGUGAUGGGGGGCGGAGACUUCCCAGAGGACGUCAUUAACCUGCAGCAGCUCAUGGAUGAGACCAGUGGGGAAGCCCCGCCCCAGGCGCCCAUCGCACCAAUGGACACGGCCAUCUAUAUCUUCACUUCAGGGACCACAGGGUUGCCCAAAGCGGCUCGGAUCAGUAACCUGAAGACCCUCACGUGCUGUGUGUUCUACCACCUGUGUGAGGCGGGAUCUGAUGACAUCAUCUACAUGUCCCUCCCCCUGUACCACAUGUCGGGGGCGCUGCUGGGCAUUGGGGGCUGCAUUGGUAUCGGAGCAUCGCUGGUCUUGAAGGAGAAAUUCUCUGCCAGUCAGUUCUGGGGCGACUGCCGGAAGCACAACGUCACCGUGUUCCAGUAUAUUGGGGAGCUGUGCCGCUACCUGACCAACCAGCCCCCGUCAGAGAAUGAGACCCGGCACAGAGUGCGCCUGGCGGCAGGGAGUGGGCUGCGCCCGGACGUUUGGCGAGAUUUCAGUCGCCGCUUUGGGAACAUCCGAAUCUUCGAGACGUACGGGAUGACUGAGUUCAACAUCAGUUUCUUCAACUACACGGGCACCCCGGGGGCAGUGGGCAGGGGCUCCUUCCUAUACAAGUCAUUUUGCCCCUUUGAGCUGAUCCGGUUUGAUACAGAGACGGGCGAGGCCGUGAGAGACGGCGCGGGAAGGUGCCUACGAGUGGCCACAGGGGAGCCCGGCCUCCUCAUCUCACCCAUCACCCCAACCUCUCCCUUUCUGGGGUAUGUGGGUAGCCGGGAGUUGUCCGAGAGGAAACUUCUCCGAGGGGUGUUCAAGUCUGGGGACUGUUUCUUCAACACUGGGGACCUGAUGGUUCAGGACAGACUGGGAUUCGUCUACUUCCGGGACAGAACCGGCGACACAUUCAGGUGGAAGGGGGAGAAUGUGGCAACCACAGAGGUUUCUGAGAUCCUGACUGGCCUGGAGCUCUUCCAAGAAGUAAAUGUCUACGGCGUCACGGUGCCAGGGCACGAGGGUCGGGCUGGAAUGGCCGCUGUUACCCUACGUCCUGGCACCGACCUGGAUCUGGGCAGAAUCUAUAGUUACGUAAUGGAGUUUCUGCCCUCGUAUGCCCGGCCCCGCUUCCUGCGCAUCAUGGAUUCCAUGGAAGCCACGGGGACAUUCAAGCCGCAGAAGACAAAGCUGGUCCAGGAAGGCUUCUCCCCCUCGCUGGUUGCCGACCCCCUGUACCUCCUUGACGAGACCUCACGCUCCUACCGGCUGCUCUCCCACGAUCUCUAUUCCCGCAUCGUCUCUUCUGAGUUCCGACUGUGAGGCUUCUGGUGAGGCUUCUGCUGAGGCUUCUGGUGAGGCUUCUGCUGAGGCUUCCGAUGAGGCUUCUAGUGAGGCUUCUGGUGAGGCUUCUGCUGAGGCUUCUGGUGAGGCUUCUGCUGAGGCUUCCGGUGAGGCUUCUAGUGAGGUUUCUGGUGAGGCUUCCGCUGAGGUUUCCGGUGAAGCUUCCGCUGAGGCUUCCGGUGAGGCUUCUGCUGAGACUUCUGGUGAGGCUUCUGCUGAGGCUUCUGGUGAGGCUUCUGCUGAGUCUUCUGCUGAGGCUUCUGCUGAGGCUUCCGGUGAGGCUUCUGCUGAGACUUCUGGUGAGGCUUCUGCUGAGGCUUCCGGUGAGGCUUCUGCUGAGACUUCUGGUGAGGCUUCUGCUGAGGCUUCCGGUGAGGCUUCUGCUGAGGCUUCUGCUGAGUCUUCUGCUGAGGCUUCUGGUGAGGCUUCUGCUGAGUCUUCUGCUGAGGCUUCUGCUGAGGCUUCCGGUGAGGCUUCUAGUGAGGCUUCUGGUGAGGCUUCUGCUGAGGUUUCUGGUGAAGCUUCUGCUGAGGCUUCCAGUGAGGCUUCUGCUGUGGCUUCUGCUGAGGCUUCUGGUGAGGCUUCUGCUGUGGCUUCUGGUGAGGCUUCUGCUGUGGCUUCUGCUGAGGCUUCUGGUGAGGCUUCUGCUAAGGUUUUUGGUGAGGCUUCUGCUGAGGCUUCUGGCCAACCAACUCACAGAGGGGUCAGCGGUGCAGGAACCUGCUGAAUGGGCAGGAGUAGAACUGCUUUAGAUGUUGUACAGAUAUGAACUGAAGUGGAGGGGAGGAAUACGGUUCUGAUUCUUCGGGGCGGGGUCACAGGCCCCGGUUUUGUGGAACCGAAUGUCCAUUGCUUUUAUUGUUGCCCAACAGUCGGAACUUUCAGGUAGAUGUAUAUUAGAAUAUUCUAGACCCAAAUCUCUGGUUCUUCUUGUGCUCAAGGCAUGAACCCAAACUAUUACUUCAGUGCCAGCCCCCCAGGAGCCCAAGGCUCAUAUGAUGCAAUACGAUUGGCGGCCAAUUGAUGAUCUCAUCGAAAGUAGUCAGUGGAGCAACUGGACCUCUGGAACCCGCCCCACUCGUUUCCAGUUCUAGAGCCUUGGCAUCAGGGAACAACUGGAACUGUCUGUAGCCGCAAUGAACUGAUUGGGCCAAAUCUGCCGGAACUUAAACGGAUGAACCAAUAGGAGCCGCUCCCAAUGUCCGUCCGUCCAAUACAGGGUCUCUAUUUCUGUAAUAAAUAGAUAAAUUUCGUUUUUUUUGUCGGUAGAAUAUUUUUAUGGAAAGUUUCUAUUUUGAUACUUUUUUAGAUGUAAUAAAUCUGUGGAAAUUC